CCUGUUGGAACAAUCUGAGUGGUUGUAUUGGUUGCUAUCUAGAGUGGUGCUAUAAUAUGGUUGGUGCGGGGCGCUAGUCCGUACUAGGAAGUCUAGGGCUCCCACAUCAUCAUCGGCUUUUCCCCGUCGUUGACAAGCCUCCGAAACCUCCUCCCAAGCCCUAACCCGGUGCCAAGCCCAGUCGCCCACGUGACUGUCUUCAACUUCGCCGUCAUCCCCAGCAACCUCAACUUCGCUGUGGCUUGCUCGCUUUCUCCUCUUUCGCGAACAAAGGGCGUCAACUCACACCCAGCCCGGCAUCCAUAUCGCACUCACGUCUCCUGCAUUCGUUGCGGCACGGUAUACUAGGUGUUCGAAGCUGUCUAAAUUCUGGCAUGAGUUCUCCAUAGGCUGCCGCUGAAGUUGAGCCUGGGUUACGCUUCAGUGCCCUUGAAUCCGUCGCCCGUACCCUUCCCCUUCGCCGCCCUCCCUCAUCCGCUCCUACGUCUAUCGAUCCAGUACGCGUCUAGCGCAAGGAUUACAGCAGCCGUUGUGGGCUACUGGGAAAACUGUGAUCCAUCUAGUAUCGCCUGGGCCUAAUGUCCCACGCACCGCCGCCAUCCUCUGUCCACCCUGGUCCUCCCUCAUCACCAUCCUCUCCCGCAGCCGACAGGACCAAACCGCAUCAACUGUAUCAACAGAAUCACCCAAAGGAUCAGACACCUCAUACUCCGACCUCGCCUCCGUUGAUGUCAGUCAGCGCUCAAAACUAUGCCUCGAGCUUCUCCACUACUCGUACAUCACCGGCGCAGACCUUCCAAUUCGGUUCGCUCUCCUCCCCGCCCUCCUCCGUCGCUAUGUCUACUCAGGUCUCCCAGCAACCCACUGUAACGUCGACCACCUCCUUUCCGACGCCGGCUAGUAGUGCUGGUGGCAAUUUCGUCAAUAAUCUCACGAUCGAUGAAGCGGAAGGUAUUGCGAAAAAUGGUACGACAGACUCACGGAAGGAUGGCGAAUCAUAUACGGGCAAGGAAGUUGGAUUAGAUGUGAUGGAUAUCGAUACGUCAGAACACAGAAGGACCGAUCAUGACCGGCAGAAGAGAGGUGCCGAUAAAAUCCCGGAUGACAAUACAAUGGAUUUGGAUCACAGGGCUGCUUCAUCCACACAGGAGGAAGAGCUUAAACUAUCAGCUCUCCGGCAGAAUAUAGGCACUGCCUUCCAUCUCUGCAAAUCUUCUUAUACCGCAUCUGGCCCGAAUCCGAGUCUAGAUUUAAUAUCACUCUAUGGGUUAGGCCCGGUUGCUUCCUCAGUUGCCCGCACAGACCCUGUUACGGGUGAGAAGAUUAACAGGCUAAGAAAGUCGUACGAAGGGAAAAUCAAGGGUCUUGGGCUAGCAGGAAGAAACAAGCCUGUUAAAGCUGAACCUGGGGCAACCGGCGGAUUGAAAUAUUUGACACUCUGGCCAGAAGAGGAGUGGCAAAACCAGAAGGUUUAUGGAAAGGAUAUCAAAGUCGCGGCACCAGACUCGUCAUUCUUCAGGCAGCAAUUGAAGGCAAUGAAAAUGGAGCCAGGAGUUUUACCUAACCAUGAAAUUUGGGAAGACGCGCUAGGUCAUGAAAAAGCAUCCAAGGUUAUGGUAGCUAAUGACGCAUCCAUGGCUAAAGCUGCCGGUACCGUGCCCGGAAGUAUCCGCCAGCCAGUGCAUACCAAUGGGACUCCUUCAAUGAUAUCCACUCCAGCCACGGAAUACACAAGGCCAAAGCGCACAGGUAAAAAGCGCAGCUAUAACGACAGCAGCUUUGUGGGUUACGGCGAAGGAUUCCCUGAUGACGAGGUAGACUUGGAUAGCGGGCGGUACUCGAAUAGUGAGGAAGGCGGCAGAGGGCAGGGAAAGAAGAAAAGAAAAAAGGACCAUAUUUCCGGAGUAUCUCCCAACCUCUCUGAACGAAGCGGUAGCUAUGGUGUCGGCAUGUUUGGCGUCGGUGCCCGAUGACAUUGAUUUGACAUUAACAAUGAACAGCAUGAAUUUCUCGAGCUUACGGGGAAAAGUUUUAUGGGUUCAAGUAUCGGCGUUUUUGUCGCAAAAAAUGAUUGGCGUUCGGGAUUCAUGUCUUUUUCCAUUUCCUGCGCGUUUUUCAAUUCGCUGUAACUCAAUUUUUUUUGUUCAUUAUUACUAAUUCCUCCACUGGAUAUUUGCAUGGUGGUGCUGGAUAUACCCGCCUGGAUCAAACCGGCGUUAUUUUGGGAUGGGUUGGCAUGGAAGGAAAUGCCAAUUGGGGCGAUGAUUUGUUCUCUUCAUUUCUUCCAUUUCCCUUUUUUUUUUCCUUUGAUUUCUGACUUUUCGCUUCUUACCUGUUAUUUACAUGCGCCUCUCUAUAUUCCCAUGUCUUCUGGCUGAUGGCUGUUCCCUCUUGCCCUCUUAUUUGUUGUAUACGCCUCCCAUAUUCGGAGGUUGCAAUGCCGGGCAUGCCUUGAUUUGCUUACUAUGCGCCCAUUUGUGGGCAUGAUAGCGCCUUUUGUUCGAGGCCGAUAACUAUAUAUCUAUACUUUUUAUGAUAACUUCGUUUAUCCGUUUGACAAUGCCAUUUUAUUAUAAAUUUGGAAAAGAAGGGGGAAUUGUCUCCUUGUCUGAUUUGAAUUCUGGUACGAGGACUAUAUGUUCCUUGUAUUUUCUUCCUCUAUUUACGCUUUAACAGGAGUAUUUCAUGGCAGCAUGAAGAUCGCUGUCACAUAGUUUCAACAUACCUUGUUCGAGCUUCACAAACCCCCGAAAAAUUUGAUAGAACGCUAUUUGAGCCGAACCACAUCUUCUAGUAUUGAUACCCUCGUUCUGCGAGCCACGGGGGAUUGUAGCUCACUCUAGUGACACCCUACAUCUAUAAACCAAUUUAAAGACUGA